AUGCUUGGCUAUUGGCAGUUCUUUUUUCUUCAUCCUGCUCGGAUCCUUACCAUCGCGUUUAUUUUGUACCAUUUUCAAUAUCCCACUCUCUUUUUGUGCAAUUCAUACUCCUCUUAUAGCACAACGACUUUGUCGUUCGCAAGCAUCCCGGAAGUGGUUUGCUAUCUCUCUACGCCAUGGUUUGCAAAUAGAGAUGAUUAUCGUCCUUCGCUGGAAUCGUUUCUGCAAGCAUCGAAAACUGAUGCGGACCAAGAUCUUCGCUUGAGUAGCUUAGCAGUGGUUUCCAGACUAGCCAAUGCACGUCAACCUUUAGUUGAUGUAAGCAAGUCAAGAAUACAUGUCGACAAAAUCGCUCUCGUCACGCUUAAGGAUGAUACAGCAUUUUCGUGUGGAGAUCUAGCACUUAAUGCACAGAACGCUGGAUACUCUGUGGUGACAUAUUUUGGCCAUGGAAAUUGUGGACCAAAUGGAAAUGUAACAAAACCUCAUACUCAAGAGGAGAUAUUGAUUCCCAAUGUGUUUGUUCAUUCUUGUAUCAAUCACACCACUUCAGACUCUUACAACCCCGUUCAUGAUUAUGAUUUCCUUAAAAAUGCAGACAAAACAUAUGUAAAUAUCAUAGAAACUAAACAAGGGUCCGAUGAGCUCAGACAGAUGGAAAAAUACCUAGAGAGACUUUACUACUGGUUUCUUUUGGGUCCAAUCAUUACGCUCGAAUGGCUCAGACGAAAGAAGAAACUCUGUUGUGUGACGAUAUCACAAGAAGUCGAUGAAGAAUCUGCAGCUGGCAACGAGGAAAGUGAGCGGUUAGUCGCAAGAGUUGAGGAGGGUCGGGGACAUGACAAACAAGGCAUUACUGGUGAAGAAAAUGAGAAUGAGUUACAAACUCUAAUCGUUACAAUAGACUCUGACUCUGAUUUAACAACAAGUGAUAACUUGCGCCGUAGUAGUAUUACACUGCGAGUGGUGAGGAUAUUGGAAAGAGGUAUUCGCUACUUCGUAGUUGGUCUUGGUUAUGUGAUUGUCACUCUAGCAGCGCUCCCUGUAGGUAUAUCAAGUGGGGGAUGGUCUUUUUUCCGAUUUGAUGGACAAGAAAGAUUUCGGCAAAAAACUUUCUGGGAUGUUCUUCUGAAACAUGUUAAUAAAACCACUGAUAUGAGGCCAGAUUUUCAUGUAAUAAUAUCAUGUAAUCUCACUUUGUGGUGGCCAUUUUUUCAAAUCUUCUGUUUUUUCAUUCAUAGUAGUUUUGAUUGUGUGAGCACUUGGACCGUUUCAACAAACAUUUCAAAGUUGAUUCGGAGUGAUUGGUUUUCAUCCAACAUGUAUUUGCUCGUUUUGUGCUUCGUUGUACCAUACUGUUCUCUUAGCCAAAGUUCAUUCUUGGACAUGUUUCCGAAUUUUUUACAUUUUAUGCUUUACAAUGUAACGUGUACAGUUUGCAAUUUUCUAUUUAUUAUCAUUCUCAACAAGCACAAAGUUGUCACAAGGUAUGUGUUCUACAUCAGUGUGUGUAUGAUCUGUGCUUAUGUUGAGAGUGACAUAGUAGCUGUGUUUUAUUUCAUCCUCAAUUCUCAAGGCUCCCUGAACAACUUAAAACUCACUGCUCUUCGCACUGUAGCACUUGGACUCACUUUGACUCUGAGUUUCAGUUCUUCAAUGCACAUAAUCCGCAAACUUAUGAAGCCACAGGAGUCUGUAUUCGAGGGACUGUAA